CUCUCUCUUUCUCGCUCUCAGCUGCUUGUUAGCUGAGUUUUAAACCCUAAUCGGUUAUCCCUGCAAAUUCUUCUCCGUUCUCCCUCUGUCUCUAAGAUUCAACCUCAGAAUGUUCACCGAAGGGCUAGACGAGAAGGCCAUCAGCUGGAUUAAUCAGGGAUCAAAUGUUGCCAACAAGUCUCGUUCUCCUCUGACGGAGAAAUAUUCUCUGGAUUCAACUGUCUACCAACAAUUUCCAUCCAAAUGCAAUACGUCGUUCUUAUCUUCAAAAGUCUUGCCGCCUGUAAAAUUCCAAUCAGUCUUGCUUAGUCCGCACUCUCACUUGUUGGUAGACUCUGAGGAAGAAGAGAGUGUUUGUUCGGUUCCGGAAGGCUACUACGCCAAUUACUCUGACACCUUUGAGGGAGGUUUACGUUCUAGUGGUGAUUCUGAUCUCUUUGAGAAACCAGGUCAGGGAAAUUUUGAGGAAGAAAUCAUGUCUGGUGAAUAUUUGAGCUGCGAGCCAGAAGGAGAAGCAGGUAGGGAACAGAGGCCAACUUUGAUUCGUGGGAUUUCAAAAGAGAAUCUACGGGUACUAAUAGAAGAAAAAAAUUCAUCGGAUGAUGAAAAGGUGAAAAAAAGUUUGAAUGCUAACACAGUCUCAGAUGCAUUUUCCCUGGACGAUGAACGAAAUGGCUUCCCCAAUUCUCAUGUUCAUAGUUUAGAUGAAUUCAUGGCUGCGAAUUUUCAAGAACUUGGAACACCCAGUGCUCCUCCCAUUUUGGCAAACAGAAAAGAGUGUAGCACCUCAAAUUUAGAUGGUGAAAACAAGGUUAGAUUAAACACCGACGUUUCAUCUGACAAUCCAAUACAACCACAAGAAGUUGGAGAGACUUCAGCAGGAAACCUACUCGUGGAACAAAAUGUGCAUGCUCCUAUGUCUGAAACAAAUUUGGCUUCCCAUAUAUCAAGCUACAAUACCAGUGUCCAGAGUGCAUGGCAAACAUUUAUCGCUUACGAUGCAUGUUUCCGUCUGUGCUUGAAUGCAUGGGCAAGAAACUGCAUAGAGGCCCCAGAGUUCCUUCAAGAUGAGUGCAUGACUCUACGAAAUGCAUUUGGAUUGCAGACUUUCUUGCUGCAUCCCAGAGGCCAAAUACUAGGAGACAGAAUUCAUGAUGAGAGAAAAGAAGGAACAAAUGUUGCUAAAGGUAGGAAAAUCAUUGGACAGCUGGAGGUAGAAGUGAAAAGGAUUCGUCUUCUAGCUAAAAGAAGAAAGCUGCGAUCUAUUUCUUCUCAUAGAACAUUGUAUAUGCAAAUGGGUGCGGAUUAUGUUAAGAAAAUGUCAGAGAUUUUGAAGAGUCAAAUUAAUUUACUAAGAGCAACCUAUGAACCAAUUGCUUCUGAAGAAUUUAUGCAUUGUUUUCUACAAUUGAAGAACUCCAGUAAAGAUGCACCUAGUGAAUCAGGUUGUAGUGUGUGCUUGAAACUUGGCACCGGUGAUUCUCAUAUUUUUUAUCCAGAGAAUCAAGGAGAUUCUAUUUUGAUUGAAGUCCAAGAUAUAAAUCAGGUCAACCAUGGUCAUGCUACAAUACCAAUUUCAUCUCUCAUUGAAAGUCAUCAGGGAGAAGUAACCAAAUGGUUCCCUCUAUAUUUAGAAGAACAUGGUUGUGUAGGAAAGCUUCAGCUCUCAUUCACUAUCUUUCACUCUUCUGAUAAGUUGGCUUCUACAAAGAUGUUGCAGGGUGGUCCAGUUGUUGAAACAAUGAUAUAUGAUUUGGUACUAGAGGCAGCUAUGAGAGCUCAAAAUAUUCAUUCAAGGAAUUUACAUAUAAAUGGUCAUUGGAAGUGGCUUUUAAAUGAGUUUGCUGAUUAUUAUGGAGUAUCUAAUGCAUAUACCAAGCUAAGGUUUCUUUCAUCCAUCAUGAGUAUUGCAACACCCAUAAAGGAAUGUUUAGAGCUUAUACAUGAAGUUCUUUUACCCAUCAUCAAAGCUCGAGGAGAAAAAAGUCUGACUAGACAAGAGAGAAGCAUACUACUGGAUUGUGAAGAUCAAAUUAACAAUUUGUUAACUACUACUUUUGAGAACUACAAAUCAUUAGAUGAACUCUCACCAACAGGACUAUCUGAUACUUUUGGCAUAAUUCUGGUGUCUGCUGCACCAGCUUUACUACCUGCUGUACAGAUAUUCACCCUUUUGCAUGAUAUACUCUCCCAGGAAGCUCAAAAUAUUUUGAGAAAUUAUUUGCAGAUUGCUGCAGCAAAGCGGUGUAGGCGACAUAUGGUGGAGACUGAUGAGUUUAUCUCAGGAAAUUGUGAUACACUGUACACAGACCCUAUGACUGUCUCAACAACAUACCUCAAGAUGAAAAUGCUAUGCUUGAACAUAAGCAACGAGAUUCAAGCAGAUAUCAAGAUUCACAAUCAGCAUAUAUUCCCUAGUUCUAUAGAUUUACCAAGUAUUACUGCUUCAAUAUAUAGCACUGAGCUCUACAAAAGGCUCAAAGGGUUUCUUGCAGCUUGUCCUCCAUCUAACCCUGCACAGCAUGUAGCAGAGCUACUGAUUCAAAGUGCUGAUUUUGAAAGAGAUCUUGACUCAUGGAACAUCAGGUCAGUCCAUGGAGGUUUUGUUUCAAAAGACUUGUUCCACCACUAUAUAUUGGUUUGGAUCCAAGAUACUCAACUUCAGUUACUUGAUCUGUGCAAGUCAGAGAAGAUGUUAUGCUCAGAUGUAUCCCCAAGUUUUUCAACCUCAACAUUUGUUGAGCAUAUGUAUGAACAGAUUGCUAAAAGCAUAAAUGACUAUGAAGUGGUUAUCAGCAGAUGGCCUCAGUACUUAAUGGCUUUAGAAAAUGCUGUUGCUGAAGUAGAAAGAGCGGCACUUAAGGCACUAGAAAAACAAUAUAAUGAGAUUUUAAUACCUCUAAGAGAUGGGAUCCCAAAGAUAAUUGAGAAGCAGGUGCAAAGGCUUACAAGGAGACAAUCCAUAUCCUUUUAUGUUGUACCCAAUCAGCUAGGAAUCUUUUUGAACACACUCAAAAGAAUCCUUGAUGUGCUACAUCCAGGAAUUGAGCAUAUUUUAAAAUGUUGGGCAUCGUGCUUAACAAUUGAGGGCGGAAAUAAUAUAUUUGGUGAACAAAUGAAUGGAUUCACUGUCACAUUAAGGAAAAAGUAUAAGAAGUAUAUGCAAGCAAUUGUAGAAAAGCUUGUCUGCAAUGCACAAUCUAACCGAACCACCAGACUGAAAAGAAUUCUUGAAGAAGCAAAAGAAGCAGCAGGUGAAUCUGAGAUUCGUGACAGAAUGCAGACAUUAUGUUUGCAACUAACAGAUUCAAUCCAUAAUCUUCAUUGUAUCUUCACAAGCAGGAUUUUUGUUACAAUUUGUCGUGGUUUCUGGGAUAAAAUGGGACAGAUUAUCCUGACAUUUCUCGAAAGCCGCAAGGAGAACCGUAUAUGGUAUCGAGGAUCUGAUUAUGCUUUAGGGUAACAUAAUGGCACGAAGAUUGAGUAAUCAGACCAUUGUUCGGGUUGUUAUAGCGGUGAAAAUCAAGAGUGCAAGACUCUGACGCCUCGCUCCACCCUCCUUCAGAGCAAAGUAUCUCUUUGUUAGUUACACAGGUUAAAUGCGGUCUUCUUUAGGCACAAAUGUCAAGGGGUUUCCUCGUUGAGAGAAAAGUAUGAACAUAUUCUAAGUAGCACAUGGUUAAGUGAGGUCCUCUUGACGAUACUAGUAUGAACCUAUUUUAUUUUUGUGACCAUGAUCAGCACUAUUCUUGAGUUCAUGUUAAUAGAUUGUUGUCAUUUUCAAUAGGCAUUAAUAGUAGUACCAUAAAGUGUCAUCUAUCCAGAUCAGUUAGAGUCGUUUCUUGUAUAUGACAGCCAUUUUUCUUAAAGUGCAAAGUUCGUAUGACCUUUUAUGUCAUCCUUCCGGAAGGUGCAUACAAUAUCUCCUAGCCAUUGAAUUUGUCAUAAAUUAUUUAUAUAAUUCACCUUCAUCAAUCAGAAGUACCUGGAGUUUUGUCGAAUUCUUAUGCAAAUUUAUUUUCCGUCAACUUAUCCAUUUAUUUUUGAAU